AAGAGGACGACAGAUCCGCGGCGGCGCGCACUGAGCCUGAGCAUCCGAGCACUUUGGAGCAGCGCAGGAUUGAUCCGACGCGCAAGAACGCACCGGCACGCUGACAAGCACGCCCUCCAGAUCCACCUGAAAACCUCCAGGCCGGCUAAUUGUCCUUUCUGAAGGGCGAGAAAAGGCAGACUGAGCCCCGAUUUUAUUCACAGGCAGUACACGGUGUUCCCAUGAUGUCAUACCUGUGGAUUCUGCUAUUAGGAAGCCUGCUGGCUUCACACGCCAAGGCACAAGAUGAGGAAACACCAGCAGCUGAUCCUGAGGAAAGCACAGACCCAGCAGCUCCUGCAACUGAUCCUGAGGAAAGCACAGACCCAGCAGCUCCUGCAACUGAUCCUGAGGAAAGCACAGACCCAGCAGCUCCUGCAACUGAUCCUGAGGAAGACACAGACCCAGCAGCUCCUGCGACUGAUCCUGAGGAAGACACAGACCCAGCAGCUCCUGCGACUGAUCCUGAGGAAGACACAGACCCAGCAGCUCCUGCGACUGAUCCUGAGGAAGACACAGACCCAGCAGCUCCUGCGACUGAUCCUGAGGAAGACACAGACCCAGCAGCUCCUGCAACUGAUCCUGAGGAAAGCACAGACCCAGCAGCUCCUGCGACUGAUCCUGAGGAAGACACAGACCCAGCAGCUCCUGCGACUGAUCCUGAGGAAGACACAGACCCAGCAGCUCCUGCGACUGAUCCUGAGGAAGACACAGACCCAGCAGCUCCUGCGACUGAUCCUGAGGAAGACACAGACCCAGCAGCUCCUGCGACUGAUCCUGAGGAAGACGCAGACCCAGCAGCUCCUGCGACUGAUCCUGAGGAAGACACAGACCCAGCAGCUCCUGCGACUGAUCCUGAGGAAGACGCAGACCCAGCAGCUCCUGCAACUGAUCCUGAGGAAGACACAGACCCAGCAGCUCCUGCGACUGAUCCUGAGGAAGACACAGACCCAGCAGCUCCUGCAACUGAUGCUGAUGAAGAUGCAGAUCCAGCAGCUCCUGCAACUGAUCCUGAGGAAGACACAGACCCAGCAGCUCCUGCGACUGAUCCUGAGGAAGACACAGACCCAGCAGCUCCUGCGACUGAUCCUGAGGAAGACACAGACCCAGCAGCUCCUGCAACUGAUCCUGAGGAAGACACAGACCCAGCAGCUCCUGCAACUGAUGCUGAUGAAGAUACAGAUCCAGCAGCUCCUGCAUCAACAGCAGAUGAUGCAGCUGGAGAUCCUGCUCCAGAAGAGGAUGACCAGGCAGCACCAGCAGCAGAUGACAGUGCAACAGAUGCUGAUAAAACACCAACUCCAACUCCAGCUGUUGAAGAAACAACACACAGGCCGCUUAUCCCUACAAUUAACGAAGACAUUAUUGUUCCUGAUGUGAAAGCAGAUGUUAGCUUCAACUUGGCAGAUGCCUUGCCGCCUGCAGAUGGCAACCCACCACAGUCAGGAAAGAGCCGCAGUUUGGGAAAUGAUGACAAACCUGAAGUUAAAGAGAGCAGCUCCGGCUCAUUAGCAGGAAUCAUAUCAGCAGUUGGGGUGGCUGCUGUGGGAGCAGUCACUGGAUACUUCACCUAUCAGAAGAAGAAACUGUGCUUCAAAAAUAGACAGGAAGCGGAUCCGGAGGCUGCACACAAAGCCAACGCAGCAGAGGCUCAGUCAGACCCCCAGGUCCUCAGCAACCUGCUGAACUCCUCCUAGACCAGCUGUGAUCACAUGACUGCCUGGACCAACUACAGUCAAGCAAAGUGGCAAUCUCACUGUUAGGCUCUAUCCUCUGUAGAGCUAAAUUACUGUGAGGCCCAGAGUAGGGCUGUGUGUUUCUGAAUGUGUGUGUGUGGGUGUGUUUGCGCGAGUGUGUGUGUGUGUGUGUUGGUCUAUAUGAGCCUGUGUGUCUGUGUGCGAGUGCGCGUAUGUGUGUUCAUUCCUGUGUGUGCAUAUAUGUGGGGGAAAAGAGUUAGAUAAAGAUCAAGUAAAUAUAUGUGAACUUUAGGGGUUUUAUGAUUGUUACAGCAUAGGAAUUUAUUCAAAUGAUCGGUCAACUUUCCACUUUAAACCAAAUCCAACCUUUUUUCAGAGUGGCCAUCAAAGAGAUUAAAUCACAGAUCAAUUAUAACCAUAAAAUGGCUUAAUAAUAGAGCUACCUUUUUAUUUUUAUGGCUACUAUUCUCUUCUAGUAAUUCAGUGUGAAUAUGAACCAGUAAUAGGUAUUGAUGUUGUAGGUGUUUAACUUGUAGUGAAUUAUUACAAGUGGAUUUUUUUUAAUUCUGCCAUUGUUUGGACCACCCUUAUAUUUUUUAAAAUUCAUUGGAAACUAUAUACACUUGCAUAAAACAUAUUUUCCAUUUUCAGUACAAUUUUUCUGCAGCACGAAUGCAGGAUAAAUAGACAAAAAAGGGGACUUUUAAAAACUACACUGUAUUUCGUGAUUUCUGACUUGGAACAGUAGUGUAGAACUUUAAUCCUAGUAUUCUGGGGAUGCUGUUAUAUGUUCCAGUCUGUGUGUAGAGGGCCAACGAUGUCACUGUGUGUGUGUCUGUGUGAGUGUGUGUGUGUUUGUUUUUUUGAUCGGUGAAGGGGCUUAGUUUUAAAUCCUGUUAAGUGACUACCACUUCUCCUCAGUCAGUUGAAUAGAUUAAAUGUUGAUAAAACUUUUUAAUGGCCUCUUAAAAGUUGAAAGUACAAAUCAAAUCCACUCUAUCAGUUCAACAGAAGCUGACUCAGGACAUAUCAAUUUAACUAAAAUGAUGUUUUCUAAAUUUACUGAGCUGAGUCGAAGUAAUUUCUAAUCUAAUCCUGAUUCUGUACAUGGCUCAAUGGUCACCUGACAUGGACAAAUUUUGAAAAAAGGAGGUCAUGUAGUAAUGUAUUAGACAUUGUUCUGAUGUAGUUUGUGUCGGUCUAGUUGUGAUGCAGUAAUUUCUUCUCUAUAGUGCCUUUCACUGACAGACUGGCUUGACCAAUCUACAGACACACAGGGAAGAUAGCAGAAAAUUAGGAAUGUAUGUUCUUUAUUGAUUCAUAAAUUAUCAUUAUGGUGGUUGGAAAUCCUUACAUUGAAUUGCUCGUGCAUGUGAAUUAAGUACAUUGUACAUGAUUGUAACGGCUGCUGUAUGUGUGUUUGCAGGAGGUCACAGUUCUAGUACUUUUUUAACCAAACCUACAUUCCAAACUCUUUUAACAGCCGCUGUUGAUUUCAGAUGUGAAAUUCUUCGUGUUGUGUGUCUCUUUAUUUGAGCAAGCCAGUUGCUGUCACGGUGUUUUUGUAUCAUUCGUAUCUCAACAAACACCAGUCACCCAUAAUUUUUAUAUGAAUUCUUUACAUUUAGCAGCGGUGCCUCAGAGCCGACAGAGAUAGUCUUUAGUCAACUCGUUUGCUGUGGUAUUUUGUGAUUAUUAUUAUUGUGAAAUGCCUCAGAAGCAGCGCUACUGCUUUUUUUUUUUGCCACUGUAGCACAAAAAAAGAAAAAAUACUAACUUCUGAAUGUCUUUUUGUUGCCUUGAAGUUUUGUACUUGCCCUGCUCCCUUUAAACUUUUGAAUAUGGUUCUAGAGGGCGCAUCGCGCUGCAGUUCAUGUAAAGUGUGUUACUUGUAAAGCACCAUAUAGCUGCAAUACAGGACAGAGACUGUUGCUAACAGCCUAGCCUCAAGCUGAGAAAUAUUAAUAGUCUGUGAUGUCACAUAUCGAUUAAUUCUACUCUACAAACUGUGGGCUGGACACAGGGUCAGAGCUCUGCCUGCUUAUCCUGUAAUCUGUGAUAGACGAUAGAUGAGUUUCUCUUGAGACACUGAAACGAGUGGAAGGCUUGUCUGGCAUGGAGUGAUAAUGCACAAAAUACCCACUAAAUAACAGUACAAGCUUUUAGAAAGAGCCACUGAUGCCUUCAAAGUAGAAAAUGAAUGCAGUACUCGCCCCUUUUGUGCACUCCAGUAAGUGCAAUAGGGAUCAACAAAAGCACUCUGAUAUCCUGCAGUGCGCAUUUAGAAAAACCCAUUGGGACUGACUGGAUUAAAAAAAGUAAAAGAGCCUCCAGCAAUACUAAAAUCCUCAAAAAUGGAGCACUGAUUGCUUGUGUUAGGAGCAUUAUGGGCCACAGUUUUCAGUCCCGAACACACAUUCCUUAUAAAUACCAAGUAUUGGAGCAUAGCGUCCGAACCAGAAUGUAAACCUUAAGACUUAUUGGGUCCUGAAGUGCACUUCCCAGAUAACGCUAGGGCAUCAAUCAUGGCACUGACCAGUCCUGCCUUAUACCUUAUAUCCUCUUGAAUAUUCCUGAGAGGACAACAAAAGAACAAUGUCAUCAUCAGAAAGAAACAGUCAAACAAGCAGAGAUGUUUUGUAAUAACAAUCUGUAAGGGAGAAGCACUUUCCUAUCCUGUAUACAUCUUGAUUUAUUAAACACAUUUAGACAACUCAUUUUUGAUUUAGACAAGUGUAAGACUCUUUAUUUAAAAAUUCUGUGUGUUUUUUUUGUUUGUAGGAAAUGGCAUCUUCAUUUUUUGUCAUAUGGCACUUGUAUUCUUCUGGAGUUGUGUAAAUAAUGUUUGAGGAGUCAAUUAAAUAGUUUUCGUGGGA